AGUUUGUCACCUGGCUGAGGUGUGUGAUGCCCACUGUAGGUGACUGGUAGUCACAGUGCCCGGUGGAGUCGCCAGCUUUAGCUCUGUCCUUCAGAAUAGGACCAUAACAGCUUCUCCCCUGCCUGAGACUUUCCACAGUGCCAAGGAGCCUCAGAAGUGGGGACAGAUGUGGGGCUGGGGCUCUGUGCCUACCCCUGAAACACUGCUGUGAUUCUGGGACCCAGUGAUCACAAAACCAAGGUUCCUUUCCCAAAGAUAAAAGCCAGAAGCCAAAGGGCUGGAUGGGGGUCCCCAAGCCCCUGCUACCAUCCACUGCUGCUCUAGAACCCAAGAAAAGCCAAGACUGGCAGGUGAACAUGAGAAUCAGAGAGUUGAUUCUGCAGGAACAGUGGAGGGAUGCACUUCUGUCCCCUGCACUGCAUGGUACCUUCCUGGAUCGUUGCCAGCACUACGCAUGCCUGGGCACUGAAGGCAAGGGAGGUGGGAGCAAGGAGCUGCCUCCUGACGUGCGGAGAGCAAGAGAACAGGUUCAGGACCCAAGGUCAAGCAGUCUAGGCUUGGAGCCAGUUCUUUCUUUUCACUCCCCACGACUGUGGCUACUGAAGCCAUAGGCUGGACCAGUAGGUCAAGGAAGGGCUCAAACAAGUGCCAGUCAAGCACUCUCUGGUCCCCAUUGCCAUCCCUCCUUUUACGUGGUUGUGGGCCUUGGAUUGUCUUUUAGCCAAUCUCUGAUCCUCUCAAGAGACUCUGGGUCAGAGGAGACUGACACAGACUCUAAACCAAGUCUCUUGUAAUCCAUGCAGGAUGACCUGUCCAUACUGGAUGAGGAUGAUCUUGAACUCUUGACCUUUUUGCUUCCACCUCCUGAGUGCUGGGGUUUAUAGGUCGCGUGCUCGCUCUCUCCGGACCAUGGAUGUGCAUGUGUUUGACUAUGCAGAGCCCGGGAACUACUCUGACAUCAGCUGGCCCUGCAACAGCAGCGACUGCAUCGUGGUGGACACUGUGCAGUGCGCCAGCAUGCCCAACAAGAGUGUGCUGCUCUACACGCUCGCGUUCGUCUACAUCUUCAUCUUCGUCAUCGGCAUGAUUGCCAACUCUGUGGUGGUCUGGGUGAAUAUCCAGGCCAAGACCACAGGCUACGACACGCACUGCUACAUCUUGAACCUGGCCAUCGCCGACCUGUGGGUCGUCAUCACCAUCCCCGUCUGGGUGGUCAGCCUCGUGCAGCAUAACCAGUGGCCCAUGGGUGAGCUCACCUGCAAGAUCACACACCUCAUUUUCUCCAUCAACCUCUUCGGGAGCAUCUUCUUCCUCGCGUGCAUGAGCGUGGACCGCUAUCUCUCCAUCACCUACUUCCCCAGCACCUCCAGCUAUAAGAAGAAGAUGGCGCGCCGCAUUGUCUGCAUCUUGGUGUGGCUGCUGGCUUUCUUUGUGUCCCUGCCUGAUACCUACUACCUGAAGACGGUCACUUCUGCUUCCAACAACGAGACCUACUGCCGGUCCUUCUACCCCGAGCACAGCAUCAAGGAGUGGCUGAUAGGCAUGGAGCUGGUCUCUGUCAUCUUGGGUUUUGCCGUUCCCUUCACCAUCAUUGCCAUCUUCUACUUCCUGCUCGCCAGAGCCAUGUCAGCCUCAGGUGACCAGGAGAAGCACAGCAGCCGGAAGAUCAUCUUCUCCUACGUGGUGGUCUUCCUGGUGUGCUGGCUGCCAUACCACGCGGUGGUCCUGCUGGACAUCUUCUCCAUCCUGCACUACAUCCCGUUCACCUGCCAGCUGGAGAAUGCGCUCUUCACAGCUCUGCAUGUCACGCAGUGCCUGUCCCUGGUGCACUGCUGUGUCAACCCUGUGCUCUACAGCUUCAUCAACCGCAACUACAGGUAUGAGCUGAUGAAGGCCUUCAUUUUCAAGUACUCAGCCAAGACGGGCCUCACCAAGCUCAUUGAUGCCUCCAGAGUGUCGGAGACAGAGUACUCCGCCCUGGAACAGAACACCAAGUGACCGCUCCGCAGGGGUGUGGGGGCGUGUGUGUUGCAAGUAGGGCGCCGGGCCCUGUGGCUUCUUGAAGAAAGCAGUGUAGCGUUGGGUCUGGUUGCUUGAGUGCUAUGAAGAAGUAGAGGCGUGUGACAUGCUUCCUGUCUCUCAUUCUCCGGCCAGGGUGGCCGUCACCUGGGUGCUCAUCCCAACGGCUGGCGGCAGGCAGAGCUGUGUAUUAAAGCCAGCAUCAGGACAGGCUCAUGUCAACUUCUGUACAGUAGAACCUUCUGUGUUUCCUCAAGUUUUUACUUGGUGACUUUUGUAUUUAAGUUUUAAGACUUUAUUUUCUCACUAUGGAUUACCUUAUAAAUGCAUUUGAAAGUUAAAUAUAUUUUAAAUAUUGUCUGGGAGGCGUGGUGCUGUUGUAUUUCAGACCUUGUAGGCCUCAGAGUAGCUGGACUCGAGUUUUGACUAAGGAUGACAAUUGUUAGCUGAUUUGAAAUUACAUAUAUAAAUAUAUAUAUAUAUAUAUAAAAUGUGUGCCGGUCUUGGCUGAGAGGUUUUAUUUACAGAGGUUUUAUAUCUGUGCAGUGUCCUCACGCCAGCACAGGGUAUGGAACAAAAACUGCCCAGCAGUGCAGUUUGUGACAUGGACCGUAUUGUAGAGUUGUUUCCGCCUGAAAACCCAUGAACAAAGGGAACGGAGCGUUCUCUCCAUUUGUAAGUUAUUUUUUUAAUAAAGAUUUUUUGUUUCCUAAA